AUGAAAAACAAUAAGGCUGCGCUGUGAUGAUGCACACAUCUUCACACAGAGACACUGAGGGCAGGUUUAAUGUGUUACUGCUGAAGAACAGUCAAGAUGAGCUGGCGUCUGCCUUCAUUUAAGGCCAGAAGUUUCCUUGUGUGUUUGGCUUUACUUUUGCAAACUGGAGAAGCCAGAGUUCACACAGAAACACAGGCUGGACCUCUGUAUCGUAUCGUGGGCACUCCGCUCUCCAUUUCGUGCGUUGUGAGCGGCUUCUCCAAUGCUGACGCUCAGAAACAAUUUGAAUUCCGGAUCACAAAACCUGCCAAACCCACGUUCCCUUUCAACAUCAUCAGUACUGGAGAUGCAGGCUUUGCGUACGCCAUGUAUUCUCAACGUGUGUCAAACGGGGAAAUCACUCUGAAACAUGUGACCCCUAACUCUGUGCUCUUUGAGAUUAAACGUCUGCAGAAAGACGACGAAGGAGAGUAUGAAUGUUACGUGAUCAAUCCCGAAGUAGUUUACGAUGGGAUUUACGAAGCUAAAACGACAGUUAAAGUGAUUGACAACUCUUUAAGUGUUUCCUCACCUGUCUCCUCAUCCCUGAGCUACACUGAGGGGGAUGAUCUCACCUUAACAUGCCAGGCUUCAAGCAACACCAUCCAGCACACCCAUCUGUCCUUUGCCUGGUACCUCCGAAAAGAUGCUGAGGAAAACACUCAGCCCAUAAUCUCUCUGAACAGAGAUUUCACACUGAGCCCUGGCCAGGGAUUUGAAGGGCGGUACCAGGCCGGUAACAUAAGGUUGGAUAAAAUUGGAGAGGCCACGUAUAGGUUAACAAUGGCACAGCUGGAGCUGUCAGACCAAGGCAGGCUCUACUGCCAAGCUCAGGAAUGGAUCCAAGAUCCUGAUGGCUCCUGGUUCACAAUCACACAGAAGGAAGCAGCAGAAAUCACAGUAGACGUCAAAGCCCGAGAGGUGAUACGAGACACAUCUUCCCUCGUGGUGAGAAUCUCAGCACAGCAGACGACUCUGCAGGAGGGGCAAGAACUGUCGCUGUCCUGCUACGUAGAUUCCCACAAACUAGAGGAAAGAUUUCUCACUGUAGCCUGGUUCCGGGAUGGUGUUGAGCUGGCACAUAUCGGACCUACAGGCGUUCUGUCUGUUGGGCCUGAAUACAGUGGCAGAGAGAAAGAAGGAGAGCUCAGGGCGGCGAGGAUUGAGGGCAGACAUUACCGUCUCAUAUUGCAGCCUGUCAGAACUGAGGACAAAGGAGAAUAUAUUUGUCAGGCAUGGCCUGAGGAGAGAGGCCUCGAUGGCGCUUUCAGGAAAGGAAAUGUUCAAAAAUCACAAAUCUCCCUGCUGGUCAGCAUCUCAGCCACAGAAAGCAGUUUCUCAGUCGAAAUGCAACCGACAGUCAGUGUCAAAGAAGGUGACAGGCUGACACUCGGCUGUAAAGUGAAGGGGGUCAAAGGUCGGCUCUCUGUCACCUGGCAGUACCAGCCUACGUCCACGGCCGCAGCUGUGUUCAGGAACAUCAUCAGUGUGAAUCAGGAGGGAGUCGCUGAGACGGGGAGUGAGUUCAUGACUCACAAAGUGAGUGUCCAGCGUCCAGCAGCGGACACAUUUGUUCUGGAGCUGGAUGAAGUCAAACCCACUGACUCGGGUGUCUACCACUGUGCUGUGUCUGAAUGGAAGAACAACAUCAAAACCAGCAGUCAGUCACAGAAUAGCACUGUGCUCGUGGCUCCAGUGGAGACAUUUGUGAAAGUUUUCCUGAUAAGUCGCAAGACCAGAGUGACUGUUGGAGAAUAUGUGGAGUUGUUGUGCCGAGUCCGAGGGCCAAACGUGCCUGUCACACUGACUUGGAGUCUGCAGAGAGAUGCUUCCAGUGUAGAUAACAUCCUGACCAUUUACUCUGAUGGUAGCAUCAGCUGGUCUGAAGAUCAGCAGGGCUACCAGCUUAAGGUAGAAAACAAAGUGAACGAGGUGGCCUACUAUCUUCUCAUCAAUAGUGCCAGUCACAGGGAGGCUGGAAACUACCAGUGCAGAGCGUCUGCCUUUCUUGAAAAUGUGUACAAGAAGCUUCCUCCUUCCAACCCAGUGGCUGUGAUGGUGCAGAACCCAGUGAGCAAACUUGUCCUCACGUCCUCCCGCACAGUGACCAAAGACAUCAACAGUGAUGUAGAAAUCAAUUGCUCGGUGGGGUCAGCGUCUUCCACAUCCUCCCACUACGCUGUGACCUGGCUGCACCAGCACCAAAGUGAAAAUAGGACCAUUGUAAGUUCAGAUCGGGAUGCCUUCAUGACAUUUGGGUCCAAAGUCGAGCUGGGCAGCAGACAAAGGAUCAGCAUGAGGCGCACCGAGGGCCCCAGUUUUAAACUGACCAUUCGUCAGGCUCAGAUCUCAGACAAUGGCUUCUACGUAUGUGAGGUGGUGGAGUGGCUACAGGAUCCCCGGGGUAACUGGUAUCAACUCCCACCAGUGUCCCAGGCCACAAAGCUUAAACUCAAUGAGCCAGCUAAUGAUCUUAAAGUCCGUAUAAAAGAGCAGAAGCUGACCGUGACAGAGGGACAGGAAGUAGAACUCCAGUGUGACGUCGUCUCAGGUUCGUUCACUCCUUCCUUCUUCUACAAAAUCGCUUGGCUCUACUCUGGACACAGUGACCUGUCCAUGAUAGUGGAGCUGGAUCACACUGGGCUUCUGAGGUAUGCAGAGAACAAAGACCUGGUUGGCCUCCAGGGGCGCCUCGGCCUCCGCAGACCCAGUCAGAGCAGCUUCACCCUCAGGAUUCAGAGAGCACAUGAGGAGGACAGCGGGUCUUACUGGUGUCAGGUCGAUCAAUAUCAAAUGAAUCACCAAGGUCAAUGGCAGCAAAAGGCCUCAGACACGGCCGGUCCCAUCAGAGUGGCUGUAAAUGUAGCAGAAACAAACCUGUCUCUUCUUAAACACGACUUGGAGCAAAAUGUGACCAGAUCUGAGAACUUCAUUAUCCCUUGUCACGUCACUCAACAGUCCAGCAGGGAAUCAGAGUUCAAGGUCACAUGGUUUUGGCAGAAGGACACAGAAACUAAAAAACGUCCAAUAUUCGUGGCUUACCCCAAUGCCACGCUACACGACAUGAUGGGCAACAGCAAUGAGCUGAGAUUUGGCCACCCGCUACCCAAUCAGUACAGCCUCACAGUCACAAAGCCAGUCCCUGAGAAUAAUGGCCUGUAUUCCUGUGAGGUGGAGGAGUGGCUUCCGUCUCUGUCUCAUGGGUGGAGGAAGACUGCAGUAGAAACUUCAGGAUAUCUGACUGUUACCGUUUGGGCAGAAGAAGAACCUGUCCCUGAGCCCCUGUGUCAGUCAGGCCACUGGAUCGGGAUUUUGGUAGCGUUUGCCAUCUGCUCACUGUUGGUGAUAUUGAUUCUGGUGAUAAAGAUAUUUCACUCCAAGGCCUCGGGCGGAAAACAGUCAGGCCAGUCGCUGUGGGCGGAGGAACACCCUCUGAAAACCAAACCCAGUGCAGACGACUAAUUCUUGUAAGACGGAGGCGGAGGGGAGAGCGAAGAGUGGAGGAACAGCAGAUUUCAAUGUUUAGUAAUAUUUUCAAACAUCUCACUGUGUAGUUUUUGUUCAUUUGUCACUUCACAUGGUAAUUAUUGUUUCACCGGAUCUGUAGGUUAUGUGUUCCUCAAACAUUUUCAAAUCACUGAGAUCAUACAGUACAAAUCCCAUCUCCAGAAAACUAAGAUCACUCAAAAUAUUAUUAUUAUUCCCCUUCCCUUUACAUGAAAGGAUUAGAAAAGAAAAAAAAGGCGUAUCAGCUCGUCUUACCAAAUCUCAUCAUUUACAGAGAUCCUGUGGAUUAAACACGAUUAAUCUUCAUUAAUUAAUCCUUUAAUGGUGAUUAAUUGUGGUUAAUGUCUUCAUAAUUAUUCGUGAUUAACCAACUUUUAAAAUGAUCUUUUACUGUUUUCUUUUGUUGCGCAAUGAAUUGCAACAGCAGCCUUGAUAAGUUUAUUUUCCUGUGAACUUUAGUCAUUGUCAGUGACACGCUGAACUAUACAAUUCUGUAGUUAGAUAGACAGAAAUGGCUAAAGUAGGAAGUGGACUUUUGCAAAGUUGCGGUUGAUGAGUGUCUGUAGACAGUGUGGUCUGCAGUACCGCUGACGUGAGAACAUCAAACAGACACAGUGACGCACAACAGAGGAAGUAGAUCUGAUACUACACACAGUUCUCUCAGCCGUGACACCAGGUUUGAGAAUUGAGAUUUGUUUUUCUAUAGAUUUUUAGGUCCCAGGGCUUGGAGGAAUCAGGUAAUAAUAAUAAUAAUAAUAAUAAUAUUAAUAAUAAUAAUAAUAAUAAUAAUAAUAAUAAUAAAGAAUAUUUACUCGAUUUAUUAUCUUAUUUAUGGAGGUAUUAUCUGUUUAUAGGGUUAGUAUUUACAUAUAUGUAUACACAUAUAUAACUAUAUAUGUGCAUAAAUAUAUAUAUAUAUAUAUAGCUAUAUAUGUGCAUAAAUAUGUAUAUAUAUAUAUGGUAAGUAUGUGUUUUGUAUGCACUUGUUUCGGUUUGUUUGUUUGUUAAACCUCAUUGUUAUUUCUGGUUAAAUAAAUGAACUUUAAAUAUCACCAGUUUUGUAGGUCAAUGUGCUUAGUCUGAUGUUUGCAAUGUGACAUGGGUGAGUAUUGCACACAGUACGUUUGCCUAUUUCUAUAAAUAGUCAAACUGUAUCAGGCUAAUGCUCUGUUUCUCCGAGGUUGUAGCUGAUAAAGAGUAUUUCUGAUUUGCUAAAUCAGCGCUAACCCAGUUAGCUGUGUCUCUUUCUGCUUACAGACAAGACUCUGGCAUAAAUGAACAAAUACUGUACAAAAUGUUUGCAGGGGUGGUGUGUCUCACAUAGUGAGCUUUGCAUCUCAAUUGUGUGAUUCUCCGUGCCAUGAUGUCGCAGGAGAAGGACGUUUCUGCAGGUAGACCUGUCAGGCAUCGAUUUGGACUGAGAGACAAGGAUGACACAUUUAGGCAGCACCAAAAUCAGUGGGCAAACAUAUACUGUAGGCAAACAUAUUGGGGUUGGACUGUGUCUGUCUUUUAUACUGUGUCACUAAGACUAAGACUCUGACUCAGGCUAUUGAAACUCAAGACUUCAGUAUCACAGGUUUACUUGAGAGGAGGUCUUACUCUCAGGUCUGUCUGUCUCUACCAGGUUCAUUAGUUCCAUCACUCUCACCUGUGUCCUGUGAUUCUCUGUUAAUCAGUCUCACUCAUCUCACCUGCUGCCCUGGGUAUAAGAUACACCUCUGUCCUUCACUCUCUUUUUGUCAGCUCCUUGUUGUUCCUGUUGUAGUUGUUGGUGGUGUUUUCUGUUCUGUAUGAAUGACAAAAUCUCAGGGACAUUUUCUGCUGAGUAAUUUCCUACACUGCUGUACUUCCACCUUCCAUCCCUGCAUGCAUUCUACAUGCAGUAGAGAAAGUAGAGUAGAUCCUUGCCUGCACAGAGAUAUUUCCCAUGAUUUCUCCUCAGAAUAUAAAUAUUUUUAGACGGAAGAAACUUCAUUUUUACAUCCAUAGGCUCCAGAUCCAUCCUUUCCUACAAAAAUCACAUAUGUCACUAGAUGUAUUGAAAUUUAAGAGGGAUUUCCAAACCACUGAUUUUAUUUCUAGGAGGAAGGCUGUAAGACCCCAAUCCUGAUCUUUACACACGGUUUCAUCCACUCUUCCAAAAACAACACACCCGGUGUCACCGCCUGUAAACAUGCUGUAAAGGCUGCAUUGUACUCUCUUUUGUUUGUGUUCAUUUUUGGUUCUUGCUUCACUGCAUUGGCUGCCUUUCAGAGAAGGAAUAAUCCAGCUCAACAAAAUUGGAUACUGGAGAGUAAUCAAAACUAAAGUGUAAAAGACUUUUUCUCUCUCUUUUUCCCACUUGCUCUCUCCUCCGCCUCUCCAUUUAUUCCCCAUCAGCCAUAUCAAUGUUUAAGAGCCCGUCUGUGUGAGAGGCAAGAAUUGAAAGCAAUUUUUGCUCUUACUUUUGUGUAAAUGGGUUUUGACACCAGAAUUCUCUGACGGAGAGAAAGACGUGUCCUGUACAACUUACGAUAAAACUGACAGUGAUUUUCUUAAGCCAUGCCAGAAAACUGAGAGUUGAGUGUCAAACAUUCAAACAGGCUGUUGUUCCCUCAGGCCCAUGGUGGUACAGUAGCACCACCUCAUGGUCUAAAAUUAUAUCAGCCCUCAAAAGGCAACAGCUAUUUAAUUGCGGCUGUCAAUCACUAUUGAACGUUUAAUGAAGGCAGAACAGAACACUGUGACACUGUAUUCACAUCGGUGGGUUCUUCACCCUGACACUGUGCUUUUACGGUUUUCACAGUACGACAGAACACUGUGACACUGAGUCUUUGCCACAAAGAGCUUGAGUAGUACAACCUCAAAUACUCUGACAAGGUGUACCUAAUGAUGUCAUUAUGUGGUACUGAACAACUUCAUGACAGUGAUGAUGUUCAGGGUUGUCCCGGUACCAAUUUUACAAACCGAUACAAG